GUUCGUCCCCGCCUACAAAUGCCAUCUCCUUCCCCUCAGAUAACCACCACCACCGCUCGCCGCCACACACAACAGUCUUCCCAUAAUCCUAUUACCAUCACAGUCUCCAGCAGUCCAGCUCCUCGUCGCAGACAGGUACUACCACAUGGAGGGCUGCGACCGGAUCAGGGGCCCGUGGAGCCCGGAGGAGGACGGCGCGCUACGGCAGCUGGUGGAGCUCCACGGGGCGCGCAACUGGACGGCCAUCGGACGCGGGGUGCCGGGCCGCUCCGGCAAGUCCUGCCGCCUGCGCUGGUGCAACCAGCUGUCCCCCGGGGUGGAGCGCAGGCCCUUCACGGCCGACGAGGACGCCGUCAUCGCCCGCGCCCACGCGAGGCUCGGCAACCGCUGGGCCGCCAUCGCGCGCCUGCUCCGAGGCCGCACAGACAACGCCGUCAAGAACCACUGGAACUGCUCCCUCAAGCGCAGGAUCGGCGCCGUCGACGCCGCCGGAGACGGGGAGGAGGAACGGCCGUGCAAGCGCGCCAGCGUCACGCCGGAGAGUACUUCGGGGUCGGGAUCUGGAUCCGGGUCGGACCGCAGCGAUCUCAGCCAUGGAGAUGUGUUUGGGCUCGUCCAGGUUUACCGGCCGGUGGCGCGGGCCGGCGGGCUCGAGCCGGCGGACUGCGCCAUGAGCCAGGGACACGAGGAGGAUGAGGAGCAGGAGGACACAUUCACGUCGCUCUCGCUCUCCCUCCCCGGCACGGAUGCCCACGGUUUCCACCACGACAGCUCCCACAGCCAUUUCCACCAGCCGUCUCCCUCCCCGUCGCCGCCGCCCGCUCCGGCGUCCACCGCCGCGCAGCCGGCGUCGUCAUACCCGUUCUCCCCCGCUUUCGCCGCCGCGAUGCAGGAGAUGAUCCGUGACGAGGUGUGCAGGUACAUCUCCGGCGCCAGCUGCGGCGCCAACCUGCCGUCCAUGCCGCAGCUGCACGUGGCGGCGGAGCACGCAGGCAGGGUCUCGAGGAUGCAGUGACAGACGAUCAAUGCAUUCGAUCGGGUCGAGUAGGUCGGCAGCAAUGCCUCAAUGGUCUUGCUUCAUUUCAUUAGGAUCUGAAGUCUGAAUUGAAUUAGCAAUGGAAGAAAGAAGAAACUUGGCAAAGCUGACGAUUUGCCACUUUGUGUAUAUACAAACAAAUGAAAUGGAAAGAAAAAUACAUGUGUCCAAGUUUGGGCUCACUCAU